AUGGCACACUAUGCAGACGUUGAUAUUUCCCCUAGAGCGGACGGAACUCGUUUCUUCGACAAAACCAACCUCAAGAGAGCGCACAAAGAGCUAUACGGGCCUUGUAAAAGCAAACUUCACUGCCUGAGUAUACUCCAAGCGAAACUGCGACUAAACGGAAAGUCGUGUGACGAAGAUGUUUACGUUGUUGAACAUCUGGAGACCCCGCUGCUUGAAAGAUCGGCCUGUUUAGCGCUGGAAACCGUUGCCAAAGUUGGAACUGUCACGCAAUUAGCGGACGAUAUCAGGGCGCGCUUUCCAAACGUUUUCAGUGGCCUGGGCUGCAUUGAGGGGGAAUACGAAAUUAAAAUGACACCCUGUCACGAACCGUUUAACCAAACCGCCCACACACGCGUUCCAAUACCACUAUUGCCAAAAGUCAAGGAUGAGCUGGAUCGGAUGGAAACCAUGGGAGUGAUCGAAAAAGUAGAUGCCCCUACUGAGUGGUGUUCACCUAUCGUCGUAGUUCCGAAACCCAACGGAAAGGUCCGCACAUGCGGGGACUUUAUCCCGUUGAACAAAACAGUAUUACGUGAAAAUCACCCCAGGCCUACAACAGCACAAACCCUUGGGAAACUGGCAGGAGCUAAAGUCAUCUCUAAGCUGGAUACAAACAGUGGCAUCUGGCAGCAGAAACUAAAAGAUAGUUCCAAGUUUCUUACCACAUUCAUCACACCCUGGGGUCGCUACUGCUACACGCGUCUUCCAUUUGGGAUCUCCUCCGCCUCGGAGCACUUCCAAAAAAGCAUGCAAAGGAUCUUAGAAGAUCUUCCCGGUGUCGAAUGCCAGAUGGAUGACAUCGUUGUGUAUGGGACGAACCAAGCAGAACACGACGAAAGGCUGGAAGCCAUUCUAACUGGUCACGCUAAAUUGGGAGAAAUGUGA